AUGGGAAGUGGAAGGAAGUGUAGUAGCAACGAAAGUAGCAAGGUGGGGACACAAUCCAUUGGUAAUAUCAGUCCAAGUUGUGUUACUCUACCAAAUGACGUGGGAGACGGCACACCCCUGCGGGUUAGUCUCGCCCAUAAGGCACUUAUUGGCAAAGGAAGCUUUGGUGUCGUAUUCCAAGCCAUGAAUCGGGACACAAACCAGAUUAUCGCCGUAAAGGAAAUUGCGUUCACUAGUAACGCUGACAGCCAACUGCUGGAUACAGUGAGGAGGGAGCUUACCACUUUGAAGCUGCUAGAUCAUCCCCAUAUCGUCAAGUUUCUGGGCGGCGAGUGGGCUGACAAUUGUCUACGGAUAUAUCUCGAGUACGUGUCGGGUGGCAGCAUUAGCAGCGUUCUUCGCACAUUCGGACCGUUUCAAGAGAAGCAGGCAUCUCGAUUCACUCGUCAAAUGUUGGAGGGACUGGCGUAUUUGCAUAGCAAAAAUAUUAUACAUCGCGACCUCAAGGGGGACAACCUGCUGGUGGAUCCGAAUGGAACUCUGAAGAUUUCCGACUUCGGUACCGCAAAGAGUUUGGUUGAAAAUCAACCUCCGCAACAUAACGGGGUUCCCCCAACACCAGCGGGAACGGCGUAUUUUAUGGCUCCCGAAGCGAUAGUCGGUGAUCCGGUGGGACUGUCAAGCGACAUUUGGUCCGUUGGCUGUUGUGUUAUUGAAAUGCUAACUGGCAGUGCCCCCUUUUCGCAUAUGAAAAAUCAAUACAGCACCAUGUUGUGCGUCGCGGAGCAUAAGGGAGAGUUGGUGUCUUCGAUGAUCCCAAAAGGAAACAACUUCUCAAGUAAAACCCUUGAUUUCCUUAUGCGCUGUCUGCAAAGAGACCCAGAGAAACGAUCGACUGCUUUGGAACUGUUGGAGGACCCAUGGAUUCAAAACCCACCUGAAGACACGGAGCUUUCCUGCUCAAUUGCCCUUCCACCAUGUGCUCCCAGCCUUCAGCGGGAUCGUAGCAGCGGUGGGGGAGUGUUUGAACCACCUUUCGGUGCGUUUAACGACAUCGUCCGAACACCAAAGUUCAGCCACUUCAGUUUCUGUACAGAAGAGACAUCUUCGCUUUCUGAAAGCAAGGGAGGGAAUAGCACAAGGAAAAGUAGCACAAAAUCAAACAGGACACCGCGUGAGUGGCGUGGUGAGAAACGGCACAGUGAAAGCCACGGUGGCCUUAGCAACAGUUGUCAAAAGGAGCGAGACCGCGAUAGCGCACGCGAGGAAAGGCGAAGUGCGGGAGGAAGUGUGUUGGGUGUUUCUUUCCCCAAUAUUUGA